ACUUACUAGCAUUAAAAAUUCCUUAUAUCUAUUUAAAAAUUCCCUUUCAAGCUCUGAAAGUUGGGAUUUAAAUCACGUGAUAGCAUACUCUGUGUAGAAAUAGCUUUGCCUACAAAGAUCCAGGGACAUUUAUAUUACUGCAUUAUUUUGUAUGUACCAGAUUAAUUUAACAGGUUCAUGAGGCACUUGUAUGCCCUUUGUGUUGGAUACUGGAUCAAAACGUGACCACUUCGAUUCAUAGUUCACAGUCAGUUCAUGGUCACUGUGAUGGACCCACAAUGCCGUGCCCAAGAUGUCCUUCGGUGUGACCAGUGUGAAUCUCCAUCGGUGGAGAGCCAUUGUGACACCUGUCAAUCAAGACUCUGUAACAACUGUGUCACCAGGGGGUGCUGUUCAGACUCUUCCAAACCUCACCAAGUGGUGCCAUACACAGAAAGCAGAAAGCUUCGGUAUCCACCGUGCUCACUACACGCAGACAAACACUGUCAGCUUUACUGUCAGAACUGUGACACUGCUGUCUGUCCCAAAUGCAUCUCCAGUGGUACACAUCGAGGGCAUGAAUUUGCAGACAUUUUGCAAAAGAGAAACUACAUUAGGAAACAAGCAGGCCUUUCCCAAAUGAUGGAUUCAGAAGUUAAGGCAAAUGAACAGUUAGGAAGUUUUUCUGUCAGUGAAUUAUCAAUUGGUUCAAAAGCAGAAAAACAAGGAUUCAACACUUCAGAAGCUCAGUGUUUUAUUCCAGACAAAACAUUGUUAGAGAAAUUAAAACAGGAAAAACUUUUUCAGGGCAAGGUGGGAAAAUCAAUACAGAACCGUUCCAUACACUGUCCGGAUAAACCGAUAGGGGAAAAAUCAACAGAAGAAAAAUCAAUGCAGGAUAAACCAAUGCAGGUUGAACAAAAAGAAACCAAAGCUAAGCUCACUGCCAAUAAAACUGGUUCCUCUAAAGUUACUGGUUACAGUGAGGAAGUGGUUCGAAGCACAAGGGGUCCUCAGGACCAAGUGAUAACACAGUACAGCAUCAGGGGUACACAGCAGACCAGGAAUGGGUACAUGGUCUACACUGAGGAGACCCACAUUGUCCACAAGCUCAGCAAUCUUGGGGCCUCUUUCCAUAAGAAGUGAUAGAUCUCCAACUAAUUAAUUUUUUAGCUAAACUAUUGUGUGUUUUUAUUAAAGAUCUUGGCUUAAAUGCAUUUUUUACAGAUCAAUAUGGGCAUUAAAAAAAU